AUGUCUGCUCAGCCUUCAACAUUAUUAAAUGGCAAUACACCAUGUGUUAAUCCAUCUUUGUCUUACUUAAAUGGUUUGAAUUAUUGGUCGCAGAAAUCAUUUCCUAACACAGAAGUACAUAGUUUUCCAACAAAUACUAAUUUCCUCCCUUAUCUUGAUGACCAACAAAAAUUGCAACAACUUCAAAUGCAACUUUUAUUAAUGGAACAAAAUGGUAAAGAACCACAAUCGGUCAUGAAAGAACAUCGAAUAUUUGGAAAUAAAAUGGAAUAUUUAAGUGGAACUAAUGUCAAUGUUCCGAAUCAUAAUAUGCUUAGUGGUUCACAAAUAUGA